AUUUGACAGCAUCAGACGCAUUCGAAAUGAAAGCAAAAAGAAAACACAAACAUACGCAACCAGCAGCUACCGUUUCGCGUGAUUCAAAAGCAACUUUCGUUUAUAUUUGCUCUAAUCUUAUCUAACCGCAAAUCCAUGCACGCUGUAGAGUAAGCUGAUAGGUUCACCCAUCAAUAUAUUUUUCGCGUCCCAAAUAAUUGGCACGUUUUGGCCAGGCUGCAUGUACCCGCGAAACCGGUUCGAAUUGUUUGUGCUGGAAGGGGAAAGGCUGGGAGGUUCGGUGACUAAUUUUGACAUAAUCGUCCUUGCGAAGUUCGUACGUGCAUGUGCAUUUCAGCGUAUGGUGAAUGUUCCAUUGCAACAUAUAUAUUAAGGUAGAUCAACGACGGGACGAUCAACAGAAUCGCUAUCGCAACGGGUAAAUCCACAUACAUCCACCCAAUCAGCAUGACCAACGAAAACGAUGAUCUCUCCAUCACAAGCUGUGAUCGGUGCCCGCGAAUGGUUGCAUUUGGCAACAUUCUACUCGACAUCAGUGUGGAGCUGAAGGAUGGCAAAAUUCUGAACGAUUUCGAUCUGAAGCCUGAUGAUCAGAGGGAAGUUCCUGCAGACAAACUUGCUGCCCUUGUCUCCGUUGCCGUAGAAACGUGCGGCAAUCCCAUCUACAACCCGGGCGGCUCAGCAUUAAACACAUGUCGUAUACUGCGCGCUCUUGGGGAGAAAAACAUCAUUUUCUGCGGGGCAGUUGGCGUUGAUGAGAAUGGCCAAAUAUUACAACAAAUCUUGAAAGAUUGCGCACUAAAUACCUGUAUACAAACGUUGCCGGACGAAAUUACCGGGACUUGUAUGUGCCUCAUAAGCGGCGACAAACGGAGCCUGAAUGCAAACAUUGGUGCUUCGCUGCAUUUCAAGAAGGAGUUUGUCAGCUCGCGCUGGUGCCAGUCCAAGAUCGGCGUAUGCAAAUCGGCUGCACACACAAACAUCGACGAGGACAUGCGAAUUUUCUACAUUGAAGGAUAUUUUGUGCCGGAAAAGUUUCACAUCUGUACGUACAUCUACGAACAGUACUGCAAGGGUACGGCAAACCUGCUGGUCACCAAUCUGAACGCAUCGUACAUACUGCAGGAGUUUACCGUGGAGAUGCGCUUCCUCGUCGAGCAUGCCGACCUGGUGUUUGGGAAUUUGGCCGAAUUCAUUGCACUGGCACAGAUUUACCACUGUGACGAUGUGGACUCGUUGGCUCGGUUACUGAUAAAACCGUACCGGAAACACAACCGUAACAAGAUUCUCAUUGCCACUGAUGGUUGCCGAAGUGUGCGAUUGUACUAUGGUGCGGGAUCGAAAUUCAUAGCGGAAAGCUACCCGGUGCCGGUCAUACCGGCUAGCGCCGUCGUCGAUACGACCGGGGCGGGUGAUUCGUUUGUGGCAGGAUUUCUGUACAAGUUCAUGAACGAUGAAAGCCCUACGUUAGUAGACUGCAUUCGAUACGGGUGUAAAGUGGCUGGGAAAGUGAUAAGGCAGGUGGGGUGUAACUUACCCUCGAGCGUUCCAUCAUCGCCAUCGGUCGCAACGCCGUGUGCAAAGGAAGGCAUGCUUCCUUGAGCAGGCGGCCAUCAGCUACGGAGGAAAGUGUAUCUCUGAAUUGUUAUCAUCCUUGCUGGAGAAGCAUGUUCCUUUACUCUUGUUUUUGCUACUUAUCAGACGCUGUGUCUAGGUGCUUGCUGCGUGCGGUGAUCUUGCUUUUAAGGCAAUAGUUUGGUUAAGGGUAUUUGUUACAAAAAGUUGUUAGUCGCCAUUAUUUAUAAAUGCACUUCACUUUCGUGUAAAUGUAAA